GAACUAAAAUUAGAACUAGGCUGACAUUACAUUUCACUUGGUUACAGCUGACUGGGGAUUUUAAUCAUUUGGAGCCACAUUGAAAAAAAAAUCCCCCUGCAAUCUACUUUUAGCUGAUAGUCAUUAACUUUGGUUAUGUGAACUUCAGUGUCCACCGAUAUUGGUCCUUUCUGAAAUGGCAUCUAUGAUUCAGCUAUUCAAAACUUAAUGAAGUUGGUGACUCUAUGACAAUGUGGAGGAAUCAUGACUGAAAAUGUGGUUUGUACUGGGGCUGUCAAUGCUGUAAAGGAAGUUUGGGAAGAAAGAAUAAAGAAACACAAUGAAGACCUGAAGCGAGAGAAGGAAUUUCAACGCAAGCUAGUGCGAAUCUGGGAAGAACGAGUAAGCUUAACUAAGCUAAGAGAAAAGGUCACCAGGGAAGAUGGAAGAGUCAUUUUGAAGAUAGAAAAAGAGGAAUGGAAGACCCUUCCUUCUUCUCUGCUGAAACUGAAUCAACUACAGGAAUGGCAAGUUCAUAGAACUGGUUUGCUGAAAAUUCCUGAAUUCAUUGGAAGAUUCCAGAACCUCAUUGUCUUAGACUUAUCUCGAAACACAAUUUCAGAGAUACCUCCAGGGAUUGGACUGCUUACCAGACUUCAGGAACUGAUUCUUAGCUACAACAAAAUCAAGACUGUCCCCAAGGAACUAAGUAAUUGUGCCAGCUUGGAGAAACUAGAACUGGCCGUUAACAGAGAUAUAUGUGAUCUUCCACAAGAGCUCAGCAAUCUGCUAAAACUUACUCACCUUGAUCUGAGUAUGAACCAUUUUACUACAAUUCCUCUUGCUGUGUUGAACAUGCCUGCCCUUGAGUGGCUGGACAUGGGAAGCAACAAACUUGAACAACUUCCUGAUACUAUAGAAAGAAUGCAAAAUCUACAUACGUUAUGGCUGCAACGAAAUGAUAUAACAUGCUUGCCUGAAACAAUCAGCAAUAUGAAAAAUCUGGGUACUCUUGUUCUCAGCAACAAUAAACUGCAAGAUAUUCCAGUAUGCAUGGAAGAAAUGGCAACUCUGAGGUUUGUCAACUUCAGAGACAACCCACUGAAAUUGGAAGUAUCACUUCCACCCAAUGAAGGCACAGAUGAAGAAGAGGAACGGGAAUUAUUUGGUCUUCAGUUUAUGCACACAUACAUACAGGAGUCACGGAGAAGAGCAGAUCACCAAGUCAUCUGUUCAACUACUUUACCAAUCUCCAUAAAUACGGAUGGGUAAUAUAAUUCAAGAUGCCCUUCUAAAGAGGAUUACUUUGGUGAAUUCUCUAAUGUUUGGACUUUUGCAGUAAAAAGAAAAGCUAUUACCAAAGUUUAAUGAGGCCACAGCAUUUUUUAAAGUUCAUAUUAUCUGCUAUUUAAAGUAUAUAUUUUGAAUAUAAAAAUAUAAUUAAAAAAUUUUUUUUGGUGGAAGACAGAUGAUGCUCCUAUUUCUUUUCCAUUAGGCAGUUGUUUCUGGUGAUGAAGAAUGAUUUGGUAAAGCGGUUAACAAAACAUUUUCCAAAGACACCAGAGGGUCUGUAUAGUAUUGCAAAGCAGGACUGAAUCCCUUCUGCUGUAAAUACUGGAUUCGACCUUGGUCAAUCAGCAAUUUACAAAGAUGCCCUAUUUUCUUCUUUUCUUCAAUACUAAGAAGCCUAAAUUGAAUAAACACACACAAAACAUUGUUACAAUUUUGCAAAAGUUUAUAAAAAAUUAUUUUUGUCACUUCUAUUUAUUGAGAGACUGUUAACUAACCCAUUUAUUUAUGAUCACAAUAAGAGACAUUUAUAUUUUAGCUUAUUCUAAAAUUAGAUGAUAAAAUACAUUUUCAUGAAUUGUUGAUAAUAGUCGUCCAAAAAUAAAGUACAGUAAUAAUACAA